AUGGGCAUCAUGGAUGGGAUGGGGACGCUUGGUCGUUCUCGUUUCAGAGAUUUGGCACUUGGGAUUUGUUUCUUGGUCUGCAGAGAAUCUGGGGCUGACUUUGUUGCUCUAGUCUUCAUCUCUAUCACCCUGUCAUCACCAGACGACCCUCCCGUUGGGGUUAUCCUAUUUCCUGUUGUUCGUUGGGCUCAGGGACCUUCUUACACUACCCUUCAAGACACCGAUUGGGAAGACCUAUACGAACUUGGUGAACACGACAACGAAGAUCUAUUUCACCAUCAGGAUGAUUGGACUCCUGAGCUUCGGUCCCUAUUUGGUGAUCCUCCCUAUAUCGAAUUUCCCUCUCUCCACUAUCAAACCGCCGACGUUAUCGAGUAUCUCCCCACCAUGUCGGGAAUCGAGAAACUCAACAACUCCAUUCUGAGUGUCUUCGAUGGCACCAAUUGGAAUACGUGGUCGGACAACUACAUGAGCAUCUGCAUGCAUCAGGGCACUUGGGGAGUGGUUAAACCCACUCAUAUCAUGGUUAACGGCACAUCUACCUCGAACCCUGGUUCUAUGGAGCGUCCUGGAACGGCUGGUGACAGCCAGUAUCAAUGGGACGUUGCCAAUGAAAAGGCACUGGGUCUUGCGCGGGUUUAUAUUACCCAGAAUCUGCGCAAGGGAAUCUUUAUGGACGGUCAGCGGGAGCGCACUGCGCGCGAGGUUUUUGCGAAGAUGGCGACGGAUUAUGGCCAACCAAAUGCCAUCGAUGCUUUCGUCGAGUACCGCCUCCUAAACACCACCACCUUCCAUGGUGGUGACACCAUUGAAAAGCAAAUCAUGGAAAUGGAGACUCGUCGUCGCCAGUGUUCGGAAGGAGGAAUCGAGAUCCCCGACUACCUCUUCGCAACUCUAAUGCUCGCCGCUUUGCCCGCUUCCAGCAGAGGUUUCGUCACCUCUUACCUGGCCAAUCGUCCUAUCGCUUCUCUGAACCCAGUCGAUGUCAAGAACAGCAUCAUAGGGAAUAUCAAGAUCGAGAACCUCGACACGACGUCGAACUCGAAGAUUUCCACCGUUCUGUCCCUUGCCACCCGCUGCACUCAUUGCAACAAGUCCGGUCACGUUGCGGCAUCCUGCUACAAGAAGUAUCCCAACCUCAAGCCGACUGGUCAAUCUUCUGACAAAGGCAAGGGGAAGCAGGAUGAGGGGAAGAAGAAAAAGAAGAAGGAAAAGAAGAGCGGUGAUGGUACUAGCGCUGUAAAAGAAGUUGUAGCCGCUCCCGCGGUUGCAGCUGCCUCCAAUGGAAUGCACAUUUCGUCCUAUCUCAUGAGUGACUCCCUCAAACACAUCGAUGAUGGAAUUUUUGUUGAAGAAAUGGGAGACGAAUCCAAAGUUCGUUUUCUAUGGGACUCGGGUUGUACGCAUCAUAUGACAAACACCCAAUCCGAUCUUCACAACAUCAGACCUAUCGACACCUAUGUAAUUGUUGGUAGUGGCAUGGACUACACCUUCACGCUGAAGGAUGUCAUCUACAACCCGCACAUAAGAGGGCGUUACCUUUCUGGGUAUGCGCUCGAUCAGGCUGGUUACUACACCGUGGUUGGUGACAACAAGGCAAUCCUAGUCACCAAGGAUUGGCUCAACAAGGGAAAAGCGCAUGGGGAUGUCUUGAUGACCUUUAAAGCAAGCAAUCGCUGCUACUGGUACUACCCCGAGGAGCUCGUGGCACCGUCUGUGUCUGCAUCUCACGAGUCUACCGCGCUCGCUUCCCUGGAAACUACCGAUCGUGAAUUGUGGCAUAAGCGUUUUGGUCAUGCGGCUCGGAGGACCCUUACUCACUUGCCGACACAAGUUGAAGGUGUUCCCCCCUUGCGACGCAAUAAAGACCAGCGCAGCAUGUGCGAUGGAUGUAUGCUUGGAAAACAGCACAAGCAUCCGUACCCUGCAUCAGAGAAACGUGCUAGCAAACCCCUCGAGCUUAUCCACACUGAUUUGAUGGGCCCCUGGCCUACUCAGUCGUUGGAAGGUUCACGCUACACAAUUUCGUUCUACGACGAUUUCUCGAGCUUUGGCAUGAUGGUGUUCAUUAAAUCAAAGGACCAAGCCUCUACUGCGAUUAAAAACUUUGUUGCCCUUACAGAGCGUCAGCUUGGCACAAAAGUACUGGCCUUCCGGUCAGAUCGUGGAGGCAAAUAUAUGUCCGAUGAACUCACAGGCUGGCUCAAUGCACGUGGUAUUAUGCACCCUAAGUCCGCGCCACGCGAACCACAGCAAAAUGGGAGGUCUGAACGUUGGAAUCGCACAGCCUACGAGAAAGCGGAAUGCAUGCGCCUCGAUGCCGGCCUAUCCAAAGGCUUCUGGCAAUGUGCUAUGGAUGCAUCUGUCCACGUUCAUAAUAGACAACCUAUGGCACGAUUGGGAUGGCGAACACCUGCGGAACUGUGGCUUGGAAAGAAGCCAGACGUCUCUUAUUUCCGUGUGUUUGGAUGCAAGGCGUCUCUCUAUGUGGAUGUUGAAAAACGCCCGAAAGGGUUGGAGCAUGGACGCCCCGACCACAUCUUCGUUGGAUACAAACGAGAGACAAAAGCUUGGAAAGUGUGGGAUCCGAAUCAACGCAAGAUACGAGUCUCUUCAAAUGUUGAGUUUGAUGAGCGAGUAUUCCCUGCCAAGUCCAAGCUAGUCACCAGCAAUGUGUCCUCUGGACCGGAGCCGUUCACACCAUUCGAGGAAACCUUCCCUGACCUUAUCAAUAAUCCUGUCCUGUCACGGGAUCGCGAGAAGUACCCCUAA